GUCAACACGACGUCAUGUCAUUGUCAGUUGUGUAUGUGCUAUCGUGAAAUUUGUUAUUGUUUUUCUAUUGUGUUGUUAGCAAAAUAUUAUUUAAAAAUGAAAAAUUUGCCCGUUUUCGUAUUUCCAGUAGCACUGGAAUUUUACUUGAGUGCAAGGCACACGCAUAAACAAUUACUAACUGUCUACAACCCUUAUGAAUUCCCCGUUAAUCUUAAAGUUUUGUGUACCUCACCGAAAAAGUUCACUGUCAUAGAUCCCGAAGGCGUGAUCGCUCCACAAAGUUGCAUAGAUAUAGUGGUGAGAUAUACCCAAACGUCUCAAACGCACUGUGACUCUAUAGAGAAAUUCAGAAUAACCAUGUUUGACAAAAACACCCAGCAGGUACUGGGUAAGAGAGACAUUUUGACGAAGUUGAUAGAAGGAGAGCCUUCUAAUAUAAGUCAAGAGUGUUUAGGGGAUGAUUUCCAUCCUCUCACAAUGAGGCCGGCUCCUUUGAGGUCUACUGAAGAGGUUUCCCGAAUGGCACCUUGCACACAUCCUUCACACAGAGAACAGCAGCCUGUGAAUGUAGUAGCGGUUGCAGUUAGCAUAUGUUGCAUCGCCGCCCUCCUUCUACCAACACAACCUGAGGAAGUAAUGAAAUCACAAUGGCCUGAUUGGCUCCACAUUGGCUCAAAUCUUAAACUAGUAUUCUCUUUCGUACUGGGACUUGUAUGUAUGCUAGUUUUACGACCAUAGUUAUAUUGUACAUAUGUCUGUAUUGUUAAAUUUUAUUGCCAUGUUGUUCUCUCAGUAUUGAAUUGAAAAUCUGUGUUGUGCAGCGAAAUAUGUUUAUCUUGUACUGGGAAAACUGUUUAAAUACAGCAGAAACUAGAGUAAGCCAUUAAAAUUAUCUCAAAAUGGGUAUUUUUCUGCUGAUUCAAGGGAUUAUGAAGAACAUUUUUAUUUGUAUAAAUAUAACUUCUUGAAUUCUCUUCUUAUUAAAGCUAUUCUUACUUAAAUGCCCCAAUAAAUAAGGUACAAAUAUAUUUAUAAUUUCAAAAUAGUUUGUAAUAUCUAAAAUAACUGAUACUCAACUGUAAUUUUUAAUAGAUGUUGGCAAUAAUAUUUGACGAUGCAGACAGAAUAUAGAAUACUUUUAAACCAUGACCACUAAAAAAAAAAAAGAAAAAUGGUAUUUGAAUCUUAUGAAUUUAGUUUGUGUCCAUGAAAAAAAUGUUUUAUGACAUAGAGUAGUGAGGAGUACCUGCUAAACUUUGUAGGAUUAUGAACAAUAUUAAUUCAAUAUUGAUUAGUUUAAAUACCUACAUUGGUAUACAAAAAUCGAAUUACAUAAUAUUAAUUGUGCAUUUGGUAGGGUUACCAUUUUAUGUGUGCAGCUUGCAUUUUUUUGUGUUGUUUUUAUAAUAUUUCAUAAUGAUUAUAUUACAAAGGUGUUGUCAUACUCAUUGGUGAAACGGUUGCUAGCUCCGAUUUAUUUUAAUUUUCAAGUACCUAAUAUAAAAUUAAAAAUUAUAUGGUGUGGAGAAAAUUGUAAGAAUAUUAAAAUACUUAUUCUGACAAAUAAAUAUAGUGAAAAUUUUAAUUGUGAUUACUUUUAAAAGUUUGAGUGCUAUAUUCUUGUAAUUUAAUAUUAAGUUCCUUUGAGUCUUAAUUUGUGAUAGGUGUAUGGUGCAGAAAUUACGUUCAGUGUGAUGUAACUUUAGAUAAGUGCUAACCAUAUAAAGGUUUGCAUUUUACUUUAAAAUUACAACUUCAGUUGUACCUUGCUUUUAAAGCUAAAUAGCUUCUAACAAUUUAUUCUUAUGGUAUGUGGAAGUAAUUUAAAAUUAUAUGUUUUUGUAAAAUGGUGAUGUUACAUAGGCAGGCUAGAAUUGUUCUCGUGUAAAUAUCUUGAUGUAAUUUCUACAAUAAUGUUAUUGUAAUGUAAUAUACUUAUGUAUAGUUCCCCCUAACAUUACACGCAAUGUUUAAUGUCGGUAAAAAUAAGUAUUUUGUAAUUAAUGUUGUAAAUAUUAUGACAAAAUUUUACCAAUACUUAUUCCACAGAUACAACUUCUGUAUUUUUAUUAGAUCCCCCUUGUGUUUUGGGACCACCUGCUGUGAAAAUGUUCAUGCCAAAUAUAUCUAAAAAUCAAUCAAAA